AUGAUUAUUGAAUUGAGCGACGAAUCUGAUACUGAAAACCCUCAAACAAGCAAUCAUGAUAAACCGGCUUCAAAAUCUGAAAUUGAUAAUGAUAAAUUAGCAAAAUUGGAAGCAAAACGUAAAUUGGAGGAGAAGGAACGUGAAAUAAAGUUAAUGAAUGAAUUAAUAGCAACUCAGUUAGAAUUGAUUAAUAAGAAAAAAGGUUUAACUCAAUCCAGUUCCUCGUCCCCAUCUACCCCGACGAUCACGACCACAAUUACUGCUACCGCUACUGCUAAUUUAAAAGCUACUUCAACAACAACCACUCCAACUUCACCAUCAACCAUAAAUCCAAUUACUGAAAAUCUUGCUGUAAUUCGAGCUGAAAUUGAUGCUUACGAAAUAGCAAAGUCGACUGUUACCGAUCUUAAAAAUAAAAUCUCAUCAAAAGAAAAAGAAAUUGAGAAUUAUCAGUUAAAUUUACAUGAACAUGAUAAUAAUAUUGAAAAGUACAGAAAACAAUUAUUGGAAAUAAACAAUCAGAAGAAUGAUAUUAUUAAUAAAAAAACCGAACUUCAAAAAAAACAAACAGAUCUUGAAGCACAAAUGUUGAAAAUAAAAGAAGAGUUGUCCGUUCUUCAGGAAAAUGAAGAAAAACUCACAAAAGAUGAGGAAGUUUGUCAGACAAAAGAAAAAGAAAUCAACAGCAGUAAGAUUAUGUUAACAAAAAAUAUAAAUAAUUUAGCUGAAAUCAUACAAAAUUUAAAAAAAGAUCUCGCGACAAUGAAUAAAGAAAUGAUUUCCAAAAAAGACAAGCUUAAAAAACUGGCUGAAAAAAUGCCAAAUAAACAGAAAAAUGAAUCAUCAGAAACUUCUACUACGAACGCCACCAUUCUAGAUAUUCAAUCAAACAUCACCACUAUCAAUGAUAAUGGUAAAAGAACUAUAUCAUCCGAAAGUUCUGGAAAUUUUCAACAACAAGAUUCUUUGAUGAAAAAGCCAAAAUUAACAAUAAACCAGUCCGAAGUUGAUCAAUUGGGAAAACGUUUUGAUGAACUUAGAGAUCAAAACAAAAAGAUUCUUGAAAACAUUAGUAAUUUAAAUAAACAAAAGAACGAUGGUAAAAUUUCAAUGAAGGGUGUUACAGCAACUAAUGGUGAAAACUUUCAAUCAUUAAACACUAAUAACAAUCUCCUAAAUAAUAACAAAAAUAACAAUGUCAAAUCAUCACCUGCAAUCAGAAAAGGAAGCAACGGACCAUCAAAUUAUUCUGCAAAUAAUUAUGUUAAUCAAGAUGGUUCAUUAGGAAAUGAUGAUUUUGAACCGUUAGUUCCAUAUGCGAGUCCUCUUAUGGCAUUCAAAUCAUUUCGGUUCCAUCCCAACUAUAAAGAACUUGUGGGUGACUACAAAUCUAUGACAUAUAGUAAUUCGCUUAAUGUUCAACACAAAGUAUGCCUUUGGGAAUCACAUAAAAAAGGAAGAUGUAAUGAUUUUGAAUGUAUGUCACAACAUUGGCGACAGUUUAAAAUGAAUGACGAACAAGUUAUUCAGGAUAUGGCUUCAUACGUGGAAGGUAGAACCCCUGAAGAAAAAGAAAUUUACCGUGCUGGGAUGAUCAAAUUAUUAGAAGAUCUUAAAGAAAAGGGUAUCGUUGAUUUAGAGGAAUCAGUUGAAGCCAUUAAAAAAUACCGUAAUGAUUUCUGUAAUAGUCAUAGGAUUGACGAUUUACCUGGCCCGCAUUAUAUUUCAUUUAACAAAAAAUUCCCAUUAAACCAUAACAAAGAGGUACAACAGCAUGAUGUUCCUGCCUCACCAAGAUCUGACACUAAUUAUGAUUACAUUUCUGAAUCAGAAACAAGUCUUAUUUUACCACCAUCACCAAACCUAGCAUUUAUUCUGGAUUAUAACAUUGAUUCAGAUACAAAUCUUGCUUAUCAAUCUUCUCCAAACAACGUACAAAUGUCUGACGACAACAACAACAGUGAUGACAGUGACGAUAGUGAUGAUAAUGAUGCUUCCUACAUCAGAGAACCAGGAUCAAAUGAUGUUUCACCAUCAUCUUCAAAUGAAAAUCAACUAAAUGUGUAUCAAGGUGAAGCACAAGAGGAGCAUACAUCAAAUAAUUUAGCUGGAACAUCUUAUUAUAUGUCUACUGAUGGUGGUUUUGAAGCAGAUUCAGAGAAUUCAGAUAAUGGAAAUGACAAUCAAAAUUUUGAAGAACCGGUUACCCCUGAUGAUCCAGGUGUGGAAGCCUCAGAACCAAUAGAACAACAAACAACAGAACCUCAACAAGGAGGUUAUAGUGGUUUGGGGGUUAUUGGUAGAUUAUAUAAUUGGUUUCGUUAA